GAUUUGUUUCUUUGGGGACGGGGGAAGGCAACAUCAAGGGAAAAGAAGUAUUUAAAAUAUGCUGCGAUUCCUUUGGUCUUUGUCAAGAAACGCUACGCACAUGGCAGCCAAAGGAGAUGAUGACACUGGGGGCCGCCGUGGGGAAAGGGGUACCGAUGGGGAGGCCGUGCCAGCACAGCGCUCGGGGCCGGGGGUCCGACCCCCUCUGGCGGGCACGGCCCGGGCCCCGGCGCGACUCCGGGGUCCGGCACUCCCGGGCCCUGGCGUGGCUCCGAGACCCCGCACUGCUGGGCCCUGGCGCGGCUCCGAGAGCCCGCACUGCUGGGCCCUGGCGCGGCUCCGAGAGCCCGCACUGCUGGGCCCUGGCGCGGCUCCGAGAGUCCGCACUGCCGGGCCCCUCCGGCGGGCACGGCCCUCCCCUCACGCCGCCCCGCUCCCCCGAGGCGACCCCGCGCGGCGGGCGGGGCGGGGCGGUGGCGCAUGCGCGGCGCGGGCGCCCUCUCACCCCGCUCAGCUAUGCCAAGUAUGUGCGCGGCGGAGCCGGGGCCGGGCGCGCGCGGCGGCGGCGCCAUGGGGCGGUCGGGGCCGGGGCUGCCGGCGGGGCCGCCGCGGCGCUCGGGGGCUGCGCGCUCCCGCGGGCCGGGGGGCAGCGCCCGCUGAGCGCGGCGCGGAGGCAGCGCCAGGCAUGGCCGACCCGCUCCGCAGGACGCUCUCCAAGCUGCGGGGCAGGAGGUCCCAGCGAGGCGCGGCGGCGGGCGCCGGGCACCGCCACGGCGGGGUCUGCGCCCCGCAGGAUUUCAUAGAAAAUGUUUACAUAGCUUCGAGAACGAGGAGGGAGCCCAAGUGCCCCGAGGCCAGCGAGGUGCCCGAGCACAGGCCGCAGGUGAACAGCAUCACCGUUUCCAAGAAACGCAGCUGGCUGCAGCAGAGCGCGCACCGACGGCCUCCUCCUCCUCUGGAAGAAGAAGAUGCCUGUAAGGAAGCGCACGGGGCUGUUAUCCCGGUCCCCAAGUCUCCCGUCCCGCUGCCUGAGCCCGCGGUGCCGUGGGCUCCCUGCUCGCCGGCAGCGGGGCGGGAGGGCCCGGCGCGGAGCUGCGCCCUGCCGAGCCCCGCCGCGCCCAGGAGCGCCGCCGCGGACUGCGGCGAGGAGGGCGACGCGGACGAUGAAGGAGAAAUAUGGUACAACCCCAUCCCUGAAGAUGAUGAGCCCGACUUGCCCGGGGUCCGCCCUUCUGCUGUGAAUAGCCUCGUUGCUGUGAGCUCCCCAUCGGUUUGGUACAAAGCCCACCCCGGCGGUGAGUGUGGGACGGCCGCGAGUCCCCUCGAGGGUGCCCCGCGCUGUGUGGAGGGCGCGGGCAGCGGCUGUGCUGCACAGGCCGCUGAGGGCAGCCAGGCGGACACGGCGCAGCCCGGGGAGCACCGGCACAGGUUUGCCUGCAAGGCUCCCGGUGUGCCAACAGCAGAGGACAGCCCUGCCUUCAAGUGCCCUUCUACAGGCUUUGGAGCUGCUCUUGCACGCAAGCCUGACAUACCCUCCACAGAGGUUUCUCCUCCAAGUCCCAGUCCCCUGAAAAAGAGUGGAUCAAUCAACUGGCCUUUCCCUGAUAGAAUUAAAUCUCCCAGGACUGUGAGGAAGCUUUCCAUGAAAAUGAAAAAGCUGCCAGAGCUGAGCAGGAAGCUGAGUGUGAAGGGAACUUCAAGCCAUAGUAGUUCAGAUAAUCCUCCUUCCCUGCUGAAGGGUAGCUGCCGGGAUACAAGCCAUACAGUGUCUUUGCCUUCCUCUGGAAACUCAGCCGCAGCUGCCAGCAGGAAUGUGAUAAGCCGUUACCAUCUGGACAGCAGUGUGUCCUCACAACACACCUACAAAAAGAAGAGCUCAAGGAGCUCCAAAUCCUUCAACAAAGGUGGUUACCUCAGUGAUGGUGACUCUCCUGAACUUAUAACAAAAUCAGGUAAACACAGACAUGAAGCCAAGUGUGUGAAAGGAAAGGAGAGCCUUCCAAGUAACGGUGGUAAACCCGAAAUAGAUAUCGAUGCCUUCAGACACUACAACUUUUCUGAUCAACCCAAGUGCUCUCAGUACAUCUCUGGACUCAUGAGCAUUCACUUCUAUGGUGCUGAAGACUUAAAGCCACCACGAAUAGACUCAAAAGAUGUCUUUUGUGCAAUACAGGUUGACUCAGUAAACAAAGCAAGGACUGCCCUGCUCACAUGUAGGACAACAUUUCUUGACAUGGACCACACGUUCAACAUAGAAAUUGAAAACGCUCAGCACUUAAAGCUGGUGGUGUUCAGCUGGGAGCCCACCCCACGGAAAAACAGAGUCUGUUGUCAUGGAACUGUGGCUCUUCCCACUCUCUUCCGGGUCACCAAAACGCAUCAGCUGGCUGUCAAACUGGAGCCCAGGGGCCUUAUUUAUGUCAAGCUGUCACUCAUGGAGCAGUGGGAGAACUCUCUCGAUGGCCUUGAUGCCAACCGUGAGCCUGUGAUGUUUGGGGUAGAUGCUCGAAAAGUUGUAGAGAAGGAAAAUGCAGGCUUGAUGGUGCCACUUUUGUUGCAGAAAUGCAUUCUGGAGAUUGAAAAGAGAGGCUGUCAGGUGGUGGGACUGUACCGGCUCUGUGGCUCGGCAGCGGUGAAGAAAGAGCUUCGAGAGGCGUUUGAGAGGGACAGCAAGGCUGUCACUCUCUGUGAGAGCCAGUACCCAGAUAUUAAUGUCAUAACAGGUGUCCUAAAGGAUUAUCUGCGAGAGCUGCCUUCUCCCCUGAUAACCAAGCAGCUCUACGAAGCAGUGUUGGAUGCCAUGGUGAAAAAUCCCCUGAAAAUGACAGCAAACGGGUGUGAGAAUGACCCAAGUGACUCUGAGCACACAGCAGCCCUUCUGGACUGCCUGCCAGAUGUUGAGAAGGCUACCUUGAAGAUGCUGUUGGAUCACCUGAAACUGGUGGCUUCUUACCACGAAGUAAAUAAGAUGACGUGCCAGAAUUUAGCUGUGUGUUUUGGCCCUGUGUUACUGAGCCAGAGGCAGGAGACCACCAACCACAACAACAGAGUCUUCACAGACUCAGAAGAGCUUGCUAGUGCCCUGGACUUCAAAAAGCACAUAGAGGUUCUCCACUACUUGCUUCAGUUGUGGCCAGUUCAUCACUCGCCUGCCAGAGAAGCAGCACACAUGAACGCAUUUCCUGAGCACUCAUCCUCGCUGCAUUACCUGCGGCCCAAGCGGCAGAGGCCUCAGAUGCUGAAUCUGAGCGGCACCGAGAUGUCGGGGGUGCUCAGACCAAGGCCGGCAGGUCUAGACAGCCCCUCGAGCAACCGCUAUGCCGGGGACUGGAGCAGCUGUGGGGAGAACUACUUGCUAAAGGCCCGAGACGGCCCGGGCGAGGCGGACUACGACGACGUCCCUUCGGAGGACACGGAGAGCGGCGACGACAGCAGCAGGGCUGAGGAGGGGGAGGCGCCCGCGGGGCGCGCGCAGCCCGGCCCCGGAGAGCAGCCCCUCGGGAGCUACCUGCCAGUGCCAGCUAUGGACUCUGCAGUGGACCACAGAGCACACCUCAAGGACCUGCAGGAAAGUAUCGAUACUCUCAUAGGAAACCUGGAAAGGGAACUCAAUAAAAACAAACUGAAUAUGAGUUACUAAAUCCUGUCCUGCAUGAUAUCUCCAUGUGCCUCCGUGCCCCUUGCUGGGCUCCCCUAGGUGUGUGAGGAGUGAUGGUGCCCCUGAACACCCUGUGGUAAGGCCACGGCCCACCUAAAUGUGUGAGCACAUUUUAAGCCAUUCCGUAAUGUUUCUGCCUUUCUGUUAGAAGGCGUUGUCCUGAUCUGUGUUGGAGACAAGCUUAGACUGUGACGUGAUUCCACAUAGUGGCAUUUCUUCCUAAAAACACUAUGCACUUAGGUGGCCUGGGCAGUUCCUGAUAGAAGAAAAAGCAACAUCUCUGCUGGCAGUGGCAGCAGAAUUCCUCAUUCCUGAAAUCCUAGCUCCGGUACAGAUGUUCCUCUCAGAAGAGGAUGAACCCUGCUUGGCCUGAGUUUGGCAGCAGGGACUUUAGAUAGACUUGUUUUACUAUAUAUGCAAUGGCUGCUAUGAAAAAUGCUUUAUAUAAUAUUUAUAUAUAAAGUUUUAAUUGUACAAAUAUUAACGUAUUACUGUAUUAACACUUUUCCGUAAUUAUUUAAACAAGCAAAAAUAAAUAUUUUUCUAACCUUGUUUGUAUAUAUCUAUGUAUAAA